AAAAACAGUGAUCUAUUUUGUAGCUCUUCCUCUCGUAUCUUCGCCCAGACAAGAAGCUGCCUUUAUCCGAAGAGUUUUUAGGGUUUCCAUUUCUUUGCCUUGUCGUACAACCAAAAUCUUCGAAACCCUAAUAUUAAGACCAGGCGUCAGCAAAUCCUUGUCUGUUUGUUCCCUCAGGUUCAUGUCUGAUCUUGAAGUUCAAGUCCCCACUGCCUUUGAUCCGUUUGCUGAUGCAAAUGCUGAGGACGCUGGAGCUGGAACAAAGGAAUACGUGCACAUACGUGUUCAGCAGCGUAAUGGUAGAAAAAGCCUGACCACUGUCCAGGGCCUUAAGAAAGAGUACAGCUAUACCAAGAUCCUUAAAGACCUCAAGAAAGAGUUCUGCUGCAAUGGCACUGUCGUCCAGGACUCUGAACUAGGACAGGUUAUUCAGCUACAAGGUGAUCAGAGGAAGAACGUCUCUACCUUCCUUGUUCAGGCUGGUCUGGUAAAGAAGGAUAACAUCAAGAUCCAUGGUUUUUGAGCAAAUUCUACAUACUUGGUUGUUAGUUCAUCCUUGUGCAACCAACUUGAAUUUGCGUAAUUAAUCAAUCAGCCCUUCUCAAAGGCAGUAUAAACAAUCACUUAUGUAUGAUUAAUAAUGUUUUAUAUAUAUUGUCAGAAAACAAAAAUUAAUGGUUUGUUUAUGAGCGAAUGUAACACAAAUGUAUGAACUUUUGAUUUGCGAUUGUACCGUGAGAUUAUCAAUAAAACUUUUAUGAAUUGAGUGA